GACUCAGAGCCUGCCACGGACGCUUUGAAAUUGUAAUUUUGUUUAUUUAAUUUCGAUUUAAAUUCUUCAAAAAAAAUUAUAAAUUUAUGUUCAUGUAUAUUCAUCUUCAUCAUCAUCAUUCAUUCCUAGUAUCUGUUCCUGGUUCAUCAUCAUCGGCAUCAUCAUCAAUAUUGCAUUAUAUAUCUCUCGCAACUUUAAAUACAAUCAACCAGGAAACAUCGUCAAACAAUCCAAAGGGAGAACCCUAGAUUUCCCGUGGAAUUCGGCGUUAUAGCCUCUGGAGAGGCCGAUUCACAACAGCAGCGAACAGGAGAAAAAUUGUGUUGAACAUUUGUAUUGAUAAUGGGAAAUCGUGGCCAAAAACGAGCCGAAAUGGUUGAUGAAUUGCCAGCAGAUAAGCGAGCAUGCAGUUCAUUGGAGUUCAGACCUAGUUCAUCAAAUUCGUCAGUCCAAAUGCAUGUGAGUGCUUUGAAUUCAAUCCCUGAAGCUCAUGAUGACGACAUGGACACUUCCUCAUCCGCUUCGGCAUCAGGCCGAUCUGAUGGUGAAGGUGAUAGGGAUUCUGCAUAUGGCUCUUGUGAUUCUGAUGAAAUGGGUGAUGGAGAACAGAGACACAAUCUUCGUGAGUAUCAACGGAGGAGAUCUUUUGGUGAUCAUGGGAGAUUCAAAAAAGUCUUAUCAAGCUUGAGCAACGAGGUUGAGCCUUGGGGCCAAUUAGCUGCGCUGACUGAGCUAUGUGAAAUGUUAUCUUUCUGUACGGAGAGUUCUCUUUCAAGCAUGACAGCAGAUUCACUGUCCCCAGCUCUUGUAAAACUGGCAAAACAUGAGAGCUGUCCAGAUAUUAUGUUAUUGUCUAUCAGGGCUAUUACUUAUUUAUGUGAUGUACAUCCUCGAUCUUCAGUUUUUCUAGUUCGACAUGAUGCUGUUCCUGCCUUAUGUCAAAGACUAAUAGCUAUUGAGUACUUGGAUGUUGCUGAACAGUGUUUGCAAGCAUUGGAGAAAAUAUCAAGGGAUCAGCCACUUGUGUGCCUACAAUCUGGUGCAAUUAUGGCUGUUCUAAAUUAUAUUGACUUCUUCUCGACAAGUGUGCAGAGAGUUGCACUCUCAGUUGUAUCAAACAUAUGUAAGAAACUCCCAUCUGAAUGCCCUGCACCCUUCAUGGAGGCAGUUCCAAUAUUGUGCAAUCUUCUUCAAUAUGAAGAUCGUCAGCUUGUUGAGAGUGUGGCUAGUUGCUUGAUAAAAGUCGUGGAGCAAGUUAAUCGGUCUUCUGAGAUGCUGGACGAGCUUUGUAAGCAUGGUCUGAUUCAUCAAGCUGCACAUCUCAUAGACUUGAGUAGUCGAAUCACUCUAUGUCAACCAAUUUACACUGGUCUAAUAGGGCUGCUUGUUAAACUUGCUUCUAGUUCAAUUGUAGCUGUCAAGACUCUCUUUGACCUUAAUAUAAGCCGCAUAUUGAAGGAUAUCUUAUCAUCCUAUUAUGUCACACAUGGAGUGCCGCCAUCUCAUAUAAUUGAUGGACACUACAGUCAGGUGCAGGAAGUUCUGAAGUUGCUGAAUGAGCUUCUUCCUCCUUUGGCAAUAGAUCAGGAUGUUCAGUUUUUGUCAGACAAGAAAUCUUUUAUGGUAAAUCGGCCCGAUCUUCUUUUUAAGUUUGGGACAGAUAUUUUGCCUAUGUUGAUUGAGAUUGUUAAUUCUGGUGCAAAUUUAUAUGUUUGCUAUGGCUGCCUAUCUAUUAUUAACAAGUUGAUUUAUUUCAGCAAACCUGACAUGCUUCUUGAAUUACUCAAGAGCACCAACAUUUCAAGUUUUUUGGCUGGAGUAUUCACUCGAAAGGAUCACCAUGUGGUAAAUUUAGCCCUACAAAUUGCUGAGACAAUCCUGCAAAAGCUUUCUGAUACAUAUUCGAACUCUUUUGUGAAGGAAGGUGUAUUGUUUGCUGUUGAUGCCCUUUUAAUGCCAGAAAAAUGUUCACUGUUAAUUUUUCCUGUUAUUAGUGGCAUCCAACUACCAUUUGACUCAGGUCACAAGUCUUCUGUGAAGGAAAUCCAGAGAUGCUUAUGUUAUGCUUUUGAUACUGGCCAAUUUCCUUUGGCUUCAGGCCCAGGAACUUGCAAACUUGAAAAAGAUUCUGUUUGUAAUCUUGCGAAGCAAAUAAGAACCACUUACUUUGCCUCUCAAUUAGAUGAUUUUGACAAAGGACUAACUGAUAUUCUUCAGAAGCUCAGAGCCUUUUCUUCUGCAUUAACUGAUCUGGUCAACAUGUCAAUUAAUAAUGAUGCUUCCGCUCAGCAUGAAGAGUUUUGUGGUAUAUUGCACCAAAUCAUGGUAAAGAUUAAUGGAAAAGAACCUAUUUCCACCUUUGAAUUUAUAGAAAGUGGAAUUGUGAAAGCAUUAGUCAAUUACCUGUCAAAUGGCAUGUAUCUGAAAGAAAAAGUAGAUCGUCAAGCUGUCUCAAGUCAUGCUCAGGUGAUUGAAAAAAGAUUUCAGGUGUUUGUAAGACUAUUUUUAUCUAUGCCUAACUCCCUAUCUGAGGACUUGCCUCUAUCAUCGUUAAUACGGAGAUUACAAAGUGCAUUGUCUUCUGUGGAGAAUUUUUCUGUUAUUUUGAGUCAUUCAUACAAGCAAAAAAACUCUUAUGCUACUGUUCCAAAUGCAUGUUGCAUAACACGUCCGUGUUUUAAAGUUCGUUUCUUGAGUGGGGAGGGGGAGACACACCUAUGUGAUUAUUAUUGUGAGGACAUUCUGACAGUGGACCCUUUAUCAUCAUUGGAUGCCAUUGAAAGAUUUUUGUGGCCUAAAGUUACUACAAAAAGAAACGAACGCAUAAAAUCGGCUGCUCUAGCUAUGGGCCAAACAAAUAGACAAACUCCUCAAUUUUCAUCACAUAUGAGUUAUGUUCCAGAAAAAAGUCCUGAUCAUAUGGAGCCCAACGGAUCCUCUGUUUUGCCUGAAGUGCAGCAGGAGGAUGAGGAAAAUUUAACCCAUUCUGCACAUGAAGAAGUAAUCAAUAUAAAGCAGAACACUCCUGCUGAAACUACAUCUUUGGGUGAAACUCAUGCUGAAGCUGAGGAAAAUCUAACCCAUUCUGCACAUGAAGAAAUCAAUAUAAAGCAGACCGCUCCUGCUGAAACUACAUCUUUGGGUGAAAUUCAUGCUGCCUCUGCAGAAGAAGAAACUCAAGAAACCCAUGUGUCUUUGGCGGCUGAUUCUAGCAUAGAGACUGAGGACUCUACAUUCAGCAACAGUGAAGAUGCUUUGCCAAAAUUGUUAUUUUACCUUGAAGGCCAACAGGUCGAUCGAGCAUCAACACUGUACCAAGCCAUUAUCCAGAAACAAGUGAAUGCUGAACAUGAAUUUAUUGCUGGUGCAAAAUUAUGGAAUCAAGUAUACACAAUAACAUAUAGAAGAGCUAAGGAACCUAAACAGGGCCAAACACACCAAAAUCAUCUUAGUUCAAAAAAUUUAUCUGUAUCAGAUAAAAUUGAGAAAAUUUGGCAGAAUGCUCCAUUUUAUCCUGGUCUGUUUGUUUCUGAACUCGAAUCCAACUUGGAGAAGACAAGCCCAACUUACCAUAUCUUGCUUCUGCUUAAAAGUAUGGAAGCCAUGAACAAGUUUGCGCUUCGUCUGAUGUCUCGUGAAAAAACAUGUGCUUUUGCUGAAGGGAGACUCGAUAACUUGGAUGGUUUGAAGGUAGCACUUAAUGCAGUUCCACAAAUUGAGUUUGUAAACACUAAAUUGACCGAAAAGCUUGAACAGCAGAUGCGAGACCCUCUGUCCAUGUCCAUUGGUGGCAUGCCUUUGUGGUGUAGUCAGUUGAUGAUUUCAUGUCCAUUUUUAUUUGGUUUUGAAGCUAGAUGUAAGUUCUUCCGACUGGCAGCAUUUGGUUCACUUAAAGCCCAACCUCAUCCAUCAUCUCAAGGUCAUUCUCAUGGCCCUGGUGAUAGACGACCAAAUGCUAGCAGUUUGCCUCGGAAAAAAUUUUUAGUUUGCCGGAAUCGCAUUCUUGGCUCUGCAGCCCAAAUGAUGAACCUGCAUGCUUGUGAAAAAGCUGUUCUUGAAGUGGAGUAUAACGAUGAAGUUGGCACAGGGCUUGGUCCAACAUUGGAAUUCUAUACCCUGGUGAGUAAUGAGUUUCAGAAGAUUGGUCUGGGCAUGUGGAGAGAAGAUCAUAGUUCAUCUGUCUAUAAGAAAAGCUUGGAUGCUGAAGAUCUUGGAAUUGUGGCAUCACCUUUGGGACUUUUUCCUCGUCCAUGGUCAUCUACAGUGGAUACAUCCAAUGGGGUACAGUUCUCUGAAGUGAUUAAAAAUUUUGUCCUCCUGGGACAGGUUGUUGCAAAGGCUGUUCAAGAUGGGAGGGUCAUGGACCUGCCCUUCUCCAAAGCAUUUUAUAAGCUUAUUCUUGGGCAGGAACUGUGUGUGUAUGAUAUCCUGUCAUUUGAUCCUGAGCUUGGUAAGACUCUUCUAGAGUUUCAGGCUCUUGUUGAUAGAAAGAGAUUCUUGGAUUCAUCUCUUAAAGAUGGCACAACGCACAAACUUGACUCGCACUUUCGGGAUACAACACUUGAGGAUCUUUUCCUUGAUUUUUCUCUUCCUGGAUAUCCUGAUUAUAUUCUUGAUUCUGGCCCAGAUCAUAGAAUGGUGAACAUCAGUAACUUGGGGGAAUAUGUUUCUCUUAUUGUGGAUGCAACUAUAAAUUCCGGAAUUUCUAGACAACUGGAGGCUUUCAAAUCUGGAUUUAACCAGGUUUUCCCAAUUAAGCAUCUUCAGAUUUUCACGGAAGAAGAACUAGAGCAUUUACUCUGCGGAGAACAUGAUUCCUGGGUUUUUUCCAAUGAAUUGUUGGAGCAUAUUAAGUUUGAUCAUGGAUACACAGCAAGCAGUCCCCCUAUUGUUAGUCUUCUUGAAAUCAUACAAGAAUUUGACAGUGAACAGCGGCGAGCAUUCCUGCAGUUUGUGACUGGGGCACCUCGGCUUCCUCCAGGAGGCUUGGCAUCUCUCAAUCCAAAACUAACAAUAGUUCGCAAGCACUGCAGCAAACGGGAGGAGACAGACCUGCCCAGUGUAAUGACUUGUGCAAAUUACCUGAAGCUGCCUGCGUACUCAUCAAAAGAAAAGAUGAGAGAGAAGCUCAUAUAUGCCAUAACAGAAGGACAAGGGGCGUUCCACCUUUCUUAGCCUCCAUGUUCACUGCCCCAGUAGGUACAUAAAACUGUGAAUAUGUAAUUUUUAGUUCAGGCAGUGGCAUUGUAGAUAAAAGAAUGCAUAGCUGCAGCCCGGGGUGCGUUGCUGGAACAAAAGGAAGCUCGGAUUUUUUACCAAAUUUAAUUGGUGGAAGGAUGUGUAAAUAACAGUUUUAAGUUCUAGUAGUCAGUUUGGUUGGUUCAUGGAGGGGGGGAAGCUGUAUAGAAUAGGUGAACUUUCCUCCCAACAUCUGAUGUACAAAGUGGUGCGCACAAACCUCCCUUCAUCAUAAUUAUAUCAACUUUAUUUUCCAAAUGCGUGUAUAGUUUUCACCAUUUUACUUUUCUUGAAUAAGAUAAUGACAGAAUGUUAAGCAUUUUGAUUA